GGCUACAAGCUGCAGGGAGCUUCCGCACCUAAUUGGUUCUGAACUACUCAAAGCCAGUUUGACAAUGCGGGUUUGUCCUGUAUUUUUUCAAAUACAUUGUACCAGUGCUAUUAACUCACAAAGUGCAAUGUUCUCUUUUACGAUCUUACAAGACGCCCUUUCGGGAUUCUGAAUUUGUGAUUUUUUUUUUUUCCAAUUAUGAUGGGUUAUGACUGCUUCUAUUUACGUGUCGUGCUCAUUUCUAAUACUUUAUAAGGAGUGCAUUGCUUUGAUACUACAUCUGUUAUUUGGAGGAGCCCAAUUCCAGUUCUAUGUGGAUGUUAUUUAACUGCAAGCAUGGGGGACUCAGUGUUCUUUGACAGACAGCUUUCUUACACAGGUGACUUUACCUGGAACAGCAUGUCUGGGCGAAGCGUAAGGCUAAAGCCAGUGCCCAUCCAGAGUCUCUCCGAGCUGGAAAGAGUGCGACUGCAGGAGGUGGCAUUCAAUCGUCUGCUGCAGGACUAUGACCUGGGCUGCCAGAUAACUAUCCCCAGAGAUGGGCAAAAACGCAAGAAAUCAUUGAGGAGGAAGCUUGAUUCCUUAGCCAAAGAGAAGAAAGACAAAGAAUUUGUGCCUCAAGCUUUUGGCAUGCCACUGUCCCAGGUGAUAAGUAAUGACAGGACCCACAAACAAAAACAGGACUCCCAGAAAGAAGAACAGAAAGAAUCCCCUGAUCUGGUGACCUCCAUCUUACACUUUGGAUUGAAGAGGCAAAACAAAGAACUCUCAAGCAGUAACUCAUCUCUCAGCUCCACAUCGGAAACGCCUAACGAGUCUACCUUGCCUAAUACACCUGAGGCAGCCCCUCGGACACGCAGACGGUUUUACUGUGUCUUCCAGGGUGGAAUGUCUGUGGAUUCUAUCACAGACCUGGAUGACAGUCAGUCUCGACUGCUGGAAGCCCUGCAGCUCUCCCUGCCAGCAGAGGCUCAGAGCAAGAAGGAGAAGCAGAGGGACAAGAAGCUCAGCCUCAACCCCAUUUACAGACAGGUUCCCAGGCUAGUGGACAGCUGCUGUCAGUAUCUGGAAAAAUAUGGUCUUCAGACGGUAGGAAUAUUCAGAGUAGGAAGUUCAAAGAAGAGAGUGAGACAGCUCCGAGCGGAGUUUGACAGCGGUGUGGAUGUGAUGCUUGAUGAGGAGCAGAGUGUUCAUGACAUCGCCGCCCUGCUGAAGGAAUUCCUGAGAGACAUUCCCGACCCUCUCCUCACCAGAGAGCUCUACUCUGCCUUCAUCAACACUGUCUUGAUGGAAUCAGAUGAGCAGCAAAAUGCCUUGCAGCUACUCAUCUACCUUCUACCUCCCUGUAACUGUGACACUCUGCACAGACUCCUGAAGUUCCUUUCCACUGUGGCCAGUCACGCUGAAGAUAACUAUGACAAGGAUGGCCAAGAGAUCACUGGGAACAAAAUGACAUCGUUGAAUUUGGCCACAAUAUUUGGCCCUAACCUCCUGCACAAGCAGAAAAGCACAGACAAAGAGUUCUCAGUGCAGAGCUCAGCUCGGGCGGAGGAGAGCACAGCCAUUAUUGGGGUCGUUCAGAGGAUGAUACAGACCUACGAGGCGCUUUUCAUGGUCCCCCCCGAUCUUCAAAACGAGGUGCUAAUGAGCUUAUUGGAGACUGACCCGGAUGUAGUUGACUAUCUGCUGCGCAGAAAAGCUUCACAAUCAUCAAUCCCUGAUCUGAUGAGGUCAGAUGGGCCUUUCACCCUGGGUGAGAGACACUCCUCCACAGACUCGAAAGCAUCAAGUGGGGAAGUGUCUCCCUAUGACAACAACUCGCCGGUACUAUCAGAAAGACUACUGUUUCAGAAGAAGGAGGACAUCAGCCCCAGCUUGGAUAAACUCUUCAAGGUCCCUGAGCAGUACGUGCUGGUUGGACAUUUAAAAUCCAAGUCGAAGGACUUGUCUCCGGGGCAGUGGGCUGGGAAAGAUAUUUCAGAUGACCACACUGAUAUUUGGGGCGCCUGGCAUUCAACACUGAAACCAGGUUCGAGAGAUCAAGGCAUGACAGGCUCCCCUGGGAACAUGCAUGAAUGCAGUUCAUCACAAGAUGUUUCCUACCCUUCACAAGGUAGUCUGACUUCUGAGUGGCUAGAAGGCCACGACUCCACUUCACUCCCUGUGGACAAUGGGAAGCAGCCAGUCAGGCGGACUCAAACCACAGCUGGAGUCCAGGAAUGCAGAUCUCACCCUCCAGUUGCCAGGGCCUGCAGCAGCUCCCAGGUGGAGGGGAGAAGAAAGCACUUUCAACUGAGUUCAGACAAUUUAUACUCGAAGCCUGAGGGACAUUCAGCUUCAAGUAGCGCCGAGGACAUUCCCCAGAGGACCCUCAACCCUGCCUGUUUGCUGCAGAGCAAACCCAAGCCAGGUUAUACCAAGCACUGGGACAUCAACAAGAAUGAAAGCAGACCUCCGCCACCUUACCCAGGUCCUUCGAGGCAAAGCUCAGCAGGUACGCAGCAGCAGCAACAGCAACAGCCAGUUUCCCCAGCACUGCAGGCUGUGAAAAGACUUCCCAAAUAUGAGAAAAGCCCUACGCUCAUUGAGGCCUCAUUCCUGAAGGUUGCAUCCACAGAGCAGCCUAAGCUUAAUGCGGAACAGAUGCCACCCGUUUCCAACAAUAAGGUAAACAAAGCCUACUCUAGUCAGACAGGCAGCCAGAACAACAGGAACAUCGGGGAACAGGACUGGCAGGAGUGGCAGAGAGAGCGGUGGCAGAUCUGGGAGCUCUUGUCUGCUGACAAUGCAGAUUCACUGCCAGAAACUCUUGUAUGAACUCUGCUCAAGCUGCACAGUGUUAUUCUGUCACUUUAAUUAAAAGAAGACACAUUGGGAAAAUUCAGUCUAUGAAAAUGUUUAUAUAUGUUAACCAUUUUACCCUUUACAAAUUUAAAACAUUGCCACUGACUUUGUAAAACUUUUUGUUUUUGGUUGAUGAAAAAAUGACUUUGCAACUCUUUUCUUUUCCAGUGUAUGGCAAAUUGUCAUUUAGAAAUGUCUCUCAAAUAAGAGCGUGUAUUUUAAAAAAAAAUAAUAAUAAUUAAACACUUUUCUGAUUUCUUCACAGAUUUGCAAGAAAAAUACACAGGUAUACUGUAGCAUUUUAACAUGAUACUUUCUUUUUUUUUUUACGUCAGGUUCAGUUAUUGAUUUCUGUAACUAUUAAAAUCUUUAAGUACAGGUGAUUCCCAACAUCCAGGUCACUAGACAUGGGCUGGAACUUCACCCUUUUCUUUUAAUCAGUUUGUACUUUAUUUGCAUUAAAUCUCCCUCUGUAGAUCAGACAAAAUGUAUUGUAAACUGUACU